GAAGGGAGAAUUUGCGACGAACACGGAGAUGACAUACCACCGAAUACUCCGCCACCUCCGCGUCCAUCAAAUCGUGGACCAGACAACUGGACACCAUAUGCUAAUCGAGUCGAAUUCGAAGUCGCAGACUUCCUCUACCGUCGCAACCAGAUGUCGGGGGGCGAUAUUGACUUUAUAUUCAACCUGUGGGCCGCCUCAUUAGCGGCUCAUGGCGAAACACCGCCCUUCACAAACCACGUUGAGAUGUACAACGUCAUUGAUUCGACGCCUCUAGGUGACGUCGCCUGGCAGAGUUUUAGCUCUGAAUAUAAUGGUGCUCUACCUGAAGGUGACAUUCCGACAUGGAUGACAUCCGAGUAUGAUGUGUGGUUCCGAGAUCCUCGGAUCCUCGUGCACAACAUUCUCUUCAACCCAGACUUCGAAGGCGAAUUCGACUACGCUCCGCUACAGGAGUAUGAUACCAGCAACGGAGCACAUCGCUUUCAGGACUUUAUGUCCGGUGAUUGGUGUUGGAAGCAGGCCGAUUUGAUUGCCAAGGAUCCCAAUACAAUUGGAUCUAUGUUCGUUCCAAUAAUCCUUGGCAGCGACAAGACUACUGUCUCCGUCGCUACUGGACACAACCAGUACUGGCCGGUUUAUAUGUCGAUCGGCAACAUCCGCAACAACGUGCGACGUGCACACCGCAACGGUGUUGUAUUGCUGGGCUUCCUAGCCAUCCCGACAACUGACAAGGAGUCCGCCAAAGACGCACACUUUCGAAAAUUCCGCCGUCAGCUUCUCCACUCAUCGCUGGCGAAGAUGCUGGAAUCCCUCAAACCAGGUAUGACAACACCCGAGGUUGUACGCUCCCCCGAUGGUCAUUUUCGACGUGCAGUGUAUGGCCUUGGACCAUAUAUUGCCGAUUAUCCCGAGCAAGCAUUGCUCGCUUGCAUCGUUCAAAACUGGUGC